ACAACAAGGUAUUUUUCACAAUUUAUUUUGCGUUAAGUUUUGUAAAGAAAUGCAUACAGCAUUACAGUAUUAUCUUAGUGACAUUUCAGUUCCUCAAAAGUAACGGAAAUCUAUUCAAAUGUAUGUUUAGUAAUAGUGUUAACUAACGUUAAGUGUCCUGCCAUUAUUGAAUCAACCUUCUAUCGUUAUGUCUUUAUUCCCCAUUUGUCCGUUAUUUUCAUACCCCUUGUCAGUAGAGACGGUAACCUUGACUGUGACUCAAACCCGCGCAGGUUCCCUAACUAAACAGCUUUCUGGUCCCUGCACGAGCGCGUUCGAGUCAGGGCAACCAAACACGACUAGAGAGAACAGACUGGGGGAAACCGAACCAGAGCGGGUCCGCUCCGCGAAAACAUCCAUGGGUGGCUGUGUGGGCAGUCAUCAUGAUUCUUCAGGCAGUCUAAACGAGAACUCGGACGGAACCGGAGUUGCACUGGGGCGUAACCAGCCCCUGAAGAGAGAGAAACCCAAAUGGAAAAGCGACUACCCCAUGACCGACGGGCAGCUACGCAGCAAGCGCGAUGAAUUCUGGGAUACGGCGCCGGCUUUUGAAGGCCGGAAGGAAAUCUGGGAUGCACUUAAGGCGGCUGCACAGGCUUUUGAAAGCAACGACCACGAGCUCGCUCAAGCCAUCAUCGACGGCGCCAGCAUCACUUUACCGCACGGUGCACUGACCGAAUGCUACGACGAGCUAGGGAAUCGCUACCAGCUGCCCGUCUACUGCCUUUCCCCUCCAGUCAACAUGAUCGAGGAGAAGAGCGAGUCUGAGACCAUCGAGGUCCCUGAAGCUCCAGCAAGCGAGGGCCAGGAGUGCCAGCUGCGUCUGCGUCUCUCCACUGGCCGUGAUCUACGCCUCACGGUCCGCACCAGUGACACCGUCCAGCAGAUGAAGCGACGGCUGCAGGCCCAUGAGGGAGUUGCGACCGGCAGCCAGCGCUGGUUCUUCUCGGGCCGACCCCUCACGGACAAGAUGAAGCUGGAUGACCUGAAGAUCUCCAGAGACUAUGUGGUCCAGGUGAUCGUUAGCCAGCCUCCGGAAACCCCCCCGCUGUCACAAAACCCCACCCCUGUGGAAAACUAAUGCCUCGCCGGGAACUUUGAAGUGUGGAGAUCAAAAUAAAGCGCGUGGCCGUUUCAGAGUCUAGAGAUGUCAUCUCUAGGAGCCUUUCCCUUCAAACACUCACUGCCUUUGACUUGACUAGCUUCAGCUCUUCUCACAUUGCUGAGACUCUGGUCAAAAGCCUCAGGGUUGAAAACUGGAGCCAAAACUUGGCCACGAGAGGUCCAAUAUGGCAAAUGAAACUUAAUAGUGAUGGUUCUGCCUAAAAGUUGUUGUUUUGACGUUUAUGGAGCUGUACACUUCAUAUACGUUUCUUAUUUCUUACGAUGAGACCAUAUGUCUGCAAGGCAGACCAGAGGUGUGGAUCUACAUGUGUCUUAAAUGGGAGACACUAGGGGCCAACAUGACUUUUGAAAUGGGGUUGGCUUUUAAAUGAAAGAAGGAUCGUUUGUUGAACUGUUUUCUUAAUGUUCGUUUUUAUUAGAAAAUUUGUAACCAAAUAUAUAUGAAGAAUUUAAAGAAGCGGGGGCCUGUUGCAAAAUCUUUUUCCUCAGUUUUCCCCCGUUUUGAUUCCAGUUCUUGUUCAGAAAACUUUCAAUUACUUAUAUUCUGUAAAAAAAAGUUUUUUUCCAGUUCAAAAAAAGUGGAAGUUCUUGUCAUAAAGGCUGGCAGAUCAGCUGUUUGACCUUUUGCCUCAUUUUGGAAAGUAUUCUUUUAGUAGAGAUGGAGUCGCAUUUUGCAGUUAGCGGUUAGUGAUAUUCUUCACAAAAUAUCCUCCACCGAAGACCAUUGAAUAUCUUAUACAGUCGAAAUCUUCACGCAGAUUUCUUCAGCCCUGAGUGCAUUGUGGCUCACGCAUUCUGAUUCCAUAUCACAGGAAUACCAUCAGAAUAAAGUAAUGAUGUAAUAAACGUGUAAUAAAAGUGAAAUGUAGAAACCUUGAGCGAGUUAUUGAAUUUAAAGACAAAACAUUUCUACGGGUUGGUAAAAAUUUGGACAUGCAAGAGGACGUAAUCUUUAAUUGAUGUUUCUUUGAUGCCUCCUUCCCCCAUAUGAAAUGUGUGUCAUCUAUGAAUGUAGCUGUUUAUGUGAAAUGAGCAUUCUCACAAUUUACUCCAUAUGUUUUUAUUUUCAUUGUUAAGUUUGGCCUUUAUAGUGAAUUCGCUGAAAACAGCUGAAAGUGAUGGGAGGCAGUGAAUGGGAUCGAGAAGCGACGCAAGCUUCGAACAUGCAUCGCCUAGCCCACAACUUCAACUUUGUGUUUUUAAAUGGUUUGAAGACUUGGUCCUGUUGAAAGACAGUUUAAAAAAAGUUGCAUAUUUUAAUGAUACAGAAUGCGUUUUUAAUUAAAUUGAUGAACAUUUGUACA